AUAUAUUUCUAUCUAUGGUCAUAAUACUGCCUAACUUCCGUGAAAAAACAAACAAAACAAAAGCAUCUUAAAUCAUAAUGAACUUAAUCUUAGUAUUCUUAGUCUUCUAGGUCUGUUCUAUCAACACAUAUCUCUACACAUAGACUAGAUCUACAGCUGCAUUACAGUUAUCAUCAAAAUCCCCCCCAAAAAUGCCUAACUGAUAAAUACUUUAUAAAAUCUUGAUUCAUACCAUCUCUUUUUGAAGAAUCUGUAGCAGAUGACAAGAGCUUGUGAAAGAUGCAUUGCUUUAGUGUUCUGACUACUUUGAAAGUCAUUUUAUUAUUUGCAAGUGAAGGUAGUACCUAUGUUCUUGAGAACUGUGGUUGGGAGUUUGUCAACGAUGCUUCACUGGUGUCCUUUAUUCUUACAUCUCCUGCUGGAAAACUCAGUCACAACCUGAUCUGUUCUACUGCAGUUGUUGUGAAAAGAAAGGAGAAUGAGAAUAACAAUCUACUGCUCAGAGUCAACACGUUACGAUUCAACCUCUCUGGGCCAGGCACCUGCAUCCCUCAUUCAGAAAGGCUGACCUUUAGUUUUCGUAAUGAAAAAGACAAAGAUAUUGUUUGGUGUGGCAAGAGUUACUCUGAAGAAUUGUUUUUUCCUGGAGAAUCUUCGUUUGUUGAAGUACUGAUUGAAUAUAAAACCGGUAUGUACGGUUUGGGAACUGGUUUCUCCCUACAGUUUUCAAAAGUAGGAUCUCAAUUUAAUUCAAAUCAGGAAUUGAAGGUGUUGCCAACUCCAAAGCUGCUGUAUUCCCCCUUCUAUCCAUUUGCUUCUAAUUAUUUCCCCUCCAGGUACAACAUAAAUUUGCAAGCUCCAGAGGAUUAUUUUGUACACAUCAGUUCAACAGAAAUGAAUUUAAACUCUUUGGAAGACUGCGGACUUGAGAUUGACGGUGUGACCUAUUGUGGGAACAAGAAGUUUGAUAUCAUUGUUAAGUCUUCAACAGUGAGUGUCAAAUUUCUUAACCAGUACAGGGACAAACAAACUUUUGUUCUAAUGUACUCUACAAUAUCCCAAGAAAUGCUGGGCUGCCUUAACCAAACAACAACUCUUAAUGUCACUGAACAGGAGAAAAUUUUACAAUUAAAUUUACUCUACUCACUAUCAGUAAAUUGCAUGUUACAGUUUAAUACAUCAAGGGAGAAAGUUAUUCAGUUUAAAUUUUCUCUCUGCAACAAUUUUAUAAUUUAUGAUAAUGGUACAGUUGUCAAUGUUAGCAAUAUUCAGUAUUACCGCAGUCACAGCCAUCUGGUCAGUGUAGCUGUCUAUUCUCCGACCAGCCUUACAGCACUAGGCUUGCCUUGCAAUCUUUCAGUUCAAGCAGUUGAUAAUGACUGGUUGGCCUCCAUUCAUCUAAGUGAAUACUCAUUGCUUUGGAUUACCACAGAACUAAUGAACAAUCAAGGAGCAUUUCAGAUUGAGUCAGAUGAAGCUAUAGGAAUAAAGAUCCUUAACUCUGCUUCACAACCAGAACCUGUUUCAAAAUAUUUAAUAUUAUCUAAUGGUCCAGACUCAAGUUACUUUGAAUUGACUAAAGAUUGCAAUGGUAACCUUCUUUCUAAUACUGAAAUCUUCAGUCUCCGUUCAAGUGUAGUCACAGCAGAAUUCAGGGCCUCCCAAUUAUCAGAAUUUCAAAUCUUAAUGUACCCUCAAGGUUUUGUAAAUGUGAACACACCAACUACACCUUUGUUUGGGAAUUUUUCCUUCAACCUCUCUCGUCAAAAUACUGGAAACUUGCACUGUCACUGGGAGAUACCAAAGAGCAAUGCAUACAUAUCUGUCAAAUUCCAAACCAAAAACCAAUUUCAGAAAUACUUCAACAAUCAAAUGCUCAUUUCAGAAGGCAGCCAAGAGAAUGUCAUUGCUCUGUUUGACCAAGCUUUCUCUGAAAAUGCUUGGCUCUUUGCACAGCAAAAGCUUCUUGUUGAUGUAAGGAUUGAUAACUAUGUAGGGGAAACAUCCCCAUUUGGCUUCAAUUAUACAUACAGUGAUGUGUCAGGACUUUAUAACAACUGCUUCAAUAAAUAUGUAUACACGACAACAAGCAGGCAAACUGUGGCCACUCCUAAUUUCCCAGAUUUCUAUUACAGAUUAAUCAAAUGCAGAUGGAUAAUCAGUAAAUCCAGUUCCCAGUUAGGAUCUCAGAUGUAUAUAGACUUUCCAAAGCUGUUGUAUGAGAUGUGUAGAGAUAAAGCCAGUCUGAUCAUGUCAACCAAUUCUUUUGAUGGGAUUGAUCUUUGCUUAAAAACUCCAUCUUAUUCACGGAUAUACAAUGACCAAACUGUCUAUGUUGACUUCACAGCCAAAAACUUUAGUUAUCCAGGAUUUGAGUUUGCCUUCUAUCACAAAGAACCAGAGUCAGUGAGGUGUGGACAAUCAAAUCUUUACGUGGACAAAGUGUAUUCUCUUGUGUACUCAGGCAGUAGCACCAGUGUUCGGGACUGCAUCUUUGUGUUAGCUAGCCAGUCCAGCUUUUCUGUGAUCACACUUGUGUUGAACGAACGCUUAUACUCCAUCAACACAGUAGCGAUUUUUGGAAAAGAUGAAGAAGAGGAUACCUGGACAAAACUCUUGCAGCUGGAUAGCAACUCCAUCUUAAAAGAGAAGUACAGAUUCCAGAGAAAGCUCUUGCAGAUUGUAGUGUCUUGGGAUUAUCUGUAUAAACCUUUUCAGAUGUAUGCCUAUAUGAACUUUAGUCUCUUUAAUCCAGAUGAGAUUUUAUCUACUACCUCCUCACCUUUGACCUCUGAUCAAACUUCAGACUCACAGCUUCCUAUUUUUGUUGGGACAUUUGUUGCAUGUGUCAUCAUAGCUGCACUGUUGAUUGCUGGCAUCAUUUACUGUUACAGAAAGAAGAAGCUUGAGCGUGCUCGUCAUGAGAGGGAGAGCUCAGUGAAUUUCAACAGGCGGACCUCAGCGAUAUUUAUUUUCAAUCCAGUGAUUAUAAACAAUGCACCACCACCACCUUACCCAGGACUUAGCAACAUCUAUUCAGAAGUGGCCAGUGUUGAUGAAGGGACUGAACUUGAACUUCCACCGCCAUAUACUAGGGUAGCCCGAGGACCCAAUACUAAUACGCCUGUUGCACAAGACUCUGGGGGCUAUUUGAAUCCUGUUGCAUCUGUGUAUGAUGACAUUGACACACCUGACUCCAACAUGGCAUCUAAUGCUGAGGUUCAUCCACCGGCUUACACUCCAGAAGAGAACAGAAUAGCAACUGCUCCACCAGCCUAUACUCCUCCUAGCCAGUCUAGGACAGCUAAUGCCCAGUUGAAUGCUGCCCGCUCAGGGAAUGUUUCCAGGCACCAGAGAGCUCAUGUCAGGGGGAAUAACUCUCUUGGAGAGUUGUAACAAUUGUGGUAUAAUUUCAUUUUUAAUGUCAGAAUCCUUUGUUUAUCUUUUUGUUGUCUUUGCUGAUCAUAAUUGUUGGGUUGUGAGGUUGUUUUCUCAAAACUAUGCAAUAAAUUAAUUCCAUUCUUUUUCAAUAUGAUUAUUUUUCCAUAUCAAUUUUUUUUAAAUUGUGUAAUCUAAGAUAAAGGAAAUUAUAAAGCAUGAUGAAAUGCAGUGAAAUAUUGUACAAUUCAUUAUUUGUCCUAAUCAAAAUAAUAAGUAAAAGGAAUGAUGUUUUUUUUUUUUUAAUUAUUUUUUUAUAGUUUUAUUUGAUGUUUUUAUUUUCAUAUGUUGCAUUAUAGAAAGAAAUAUCCGGUAUACAGGUAUGAAAUUAAGAACCAUUAGCUGGUACAUUUUACUUUUGUUUGAUUUUUUUGUAACAAACUUUGCCAAAACUAAACCAAAUGUAACAUUUCAUAAUAUUUGAUUUAAUUUAUAAUAUUUUUAUAUAAUUUUAAAUUUAUUUUUACCUGUUUUAAUGUUUUAUAUAGAAAACAAAAUAUAUCAUCAAUCAUCCAUCAGGCUGUCAUCAGAUCUUUUAAAAAAAACAUUAUUUAAAAAAAAAGUACAAAAAAAAGUGGCAAUAACUUAUUUUUUUAUUUUGAUACUAUGUUAAGUUUUUAUCAGUCACAAGCAGAUCUAAAUGUGACAUCAAAUCAAGUGAAUUAUCCAAGACUGUGGAGUUGUAUACUGAUUUUAUUUUUGCCUUACCUCAUAGCCGUAAUAUUCUUGGGUUAUUGUAAUCACUCUCAAUUACCUUCUAUAGUUCUAUAUCUAUAUCCACCUUGAGAAUCUUUUUGCUAGAAUCAAAUGAUUGAAAUACUCAUUGUACCUUGGUAUCAUAAUACCUUGAGUCUACAUCAUGUAGUCUUUUUUUAGAAAUGAACUAAUUAUAUUUCACUCUCUGGCACUGCCAGGGUAGAGCUUUGUUAAAGAGAAACAAAAUUUAUUGUAGUCCCUUUAAUAGUGUCAACUGAGAGAUUUUCUGGUGAUGUGGCAGGUCUAAGGCAAUACUGCCCUCUGACAUGUAACAAAAAUCCUUAUAGGGAUGUUUAGGGCCUUUUGUUACUUUACCUAGGGCCUAGAAUGUGUUUGUAAGGUCAGUUGUCACUAUCCCCCUUGUUUGAUAUGACAAAAGGAUUUUGUUAUUUUAGGCAACUUCCAUAGCCGCUUAGUCUCCUAGGAAUUUAAAACUUAAAAACUGAAGCUUAGGUUUAUAAAUUAUUUUUUUUUACAUGUUCUGUUUUUCUUAUAUUGUGGAAUGGUGGCUCAGCGAUGACAAUGACCAUUGCAGAUUUGUCUUUGUAAAUCUGGUCAAUUAAAAUCCACCUUCUUGUCAGUUAAAGUAAGUCUAUUCCAGUAUAGUAAAUAAUUAGUUGACUUGAAAACCUUCUGUGGUGAAUAUUUGUAGUCAAGGGCGUAUCAGAUCAGAUAAUGUGUCAAGGCCAGGUGCUGAUGUAUUAGUUUUGCAACUUGAUUAUGGUGAUCUAGAAAGGCAGAUUCUGACAAAGCUGGAUAUUCUGCCAUUAUGUGUUUGAUUGACUCACUGACGUUUCCGCACUUUUGGCAUCUGUCAAUAACAUAGAGUUUCAGGAUGUGCCUUUGUUAGUUUUUUGUCCUAAUAACUAGGUAAUGUAAAGUAGUGACAAAACUUUCUGUUUGAGCUUAUUUUGAAAAUUUGUGUCUUACAAAGUUUGUUUUAAAGCUUUGCAGUCCACGGCCUUCAUUCUUCCUAGGCUGGUAAAUCCUUAUAGUGGAAGACUUAGGGUGUAAACAGCAAAAUUUAGUGAAUAUUUUUUCAGGUCAUUUAGAACACUGUUAACUUAAUCAUUGAGUUACAGUUAUGUAGGGAAUUUAUUUUUUGUUGUAUGGAAAAUGGGGGCAGGAUGAUUUUUAUCAAUGACGAUGCUGUGAAACUUAAGAACAAUUCACAGCCUUCAUUCAUCUUUAAAGAGUAUGAGAUCAAGCAUAUCUUAGCAUUUGAUUUAGCAGAGUAACACCACAGAUGGUCUAUUGAGUACAUUUUAUUGUUUCAAGUUCUUCUGGCCGACUGUUAAUGAGGGGUGUCAUGUGGCCAGCACAACAUCUAACCACCUUUACUUUUCCCAACUAAUGUUAGGUUCCAGUUAGAGUAGGGUGGACUCAGAAUAAAUAUGUUUUAAUCACAAUAUUGAAUUGACACAAAACAAAUUUCUUAAACAAAACUAGUAGCAAUAAUGGAAUGAACACUGAAAUGAACAAACCUUUUGAUAGUUUUUCCAUUGUCUUGUGUCUCCUAAUAUUUCCACAGCGUGCACCGUGAGGUCACAAAUUUCUGGCCUAAUUCCAUUUUUACUAGUCAUUUAUAAAAGAAGUUUUUUGUUCCUUUCUUAGCAUUGUUAGAAUGACAUCAGACUAGAUGCAAUUUUAAUGGCAAACAUGUUUAAAGCUAGGUCACUUGCACACCGCCAUCUUGGUUUGUAUCCUUUGGUAUUGAAAAUAUAUGUUUCAAAUGCAAUUAUAUAUAUUUUUUCAAUUGGUUAAAUGAGUAAGAACUUUUUUUUCAGUAUCUGAUAAUUUUGUUUUUAAAGAAUUUCAUGUGCCUAUUGUUCUGGUAGUGCAAUGAUUCGAUUGUUUGAUUUUCAUAAUAAAGUUAAGAUUGGUGGAAUCAAUAUGCAUAAAGAUAUAUUAAAUCUUUCAAAACAUAUUGUUUGUAUCUUUUUUUAAAUAUACGAGAUGAAUCUAUUUUGAACAAAUGUUAUAUUUGAAUUGUCAAACAAUUGCUUGUUUUUUCUUUUGUGUGUUACAUCAAAUUCGUGCAUUCUUAUUUGAAAUAUAUUUUUAUAUCUUAACUUAUGCACCUUGAAAUGUAAUUAUUGUAUGUUUAAUAUACAUAUCACACUGUAUCAUAAUGUAUCAUUUUAUUUAAAUGCACCAAUUAAAUGUGCAUUUCUGUAAAGCCUUUUUGUGUUGACUAUUUUGUAAUAUUGAUUAAAAAUUUUGUACAUGCUCUUGAUGUGCCUCUGUACAUUAUGUAAAGUGCCUAUUUUAAAAUCCGGCCCUGAUAAUGUUCAUAUUCUCGGUAACCAUAACGUGAUAAGGGGAAAUAAUAAUGAAAUAAAAAUGUGAUUCCAUUCGAUAUUACCAACUAAUAUGCAUAGGACAUAAUUAUCUUCUCUUUUGAAGGAUUGUCUGUAAUUUCUUAGAUUAGAAGUUUUUCAAACUAGAAUCUUUCUAAAGUGAAGGAAAACCAUCGAAUUUUGUAGACUGCUAAUCUUUGAUUAACUUGCCAUGAAUACAUAUAUUCAUAUCAGAAAUAAUAAAUGUUUCAAAGGACUGCUAUUAAGAAGAUUAUAUAUUUUCAUAUCAUGCUGUUCGUCAGUCAGUUAAAGAAUUAUCUUUUUACUGUUUUGAAAUAUUCAAUUAGAUUUGUUUUUCUUUAGUUUGUAGACUUAAAUGUGGUUGUUUUUCUUUCUUUUAUUACAGUAAGCUUUAUAUACAAAUCAGUUUUAUUGUAUAUAAUGUAUAUUAGAAUUAAACAUUUUUAUUGCCAUGUAGUUGACAGAAGCAUAGCUUUGACAUUCUACACCACUUUGAACUAAAAGAGUUUAUCUAAGUAUAUGAAUAUAAUUUUUUUAAAGUCCAUCAAGUCACACAGACUAAUUUUAGACUUAUACAUUGUUAAUCUUCAAUGUCAAUGUAAUUAUUAAACUCUCUUUCCUUUAUUGUUUUUGUUUUUAGUUAUUUAUAAAACAAUAAAUCUUAACACAUUCCUUGAUUAUAACUUAGAGUUAGGUCCUACUGCACCAUUCAGCACAUAGAUCUGCCAUAGGUGACUUCCCUAGCCUCUUCCCCUCUGGUACCCCCUGGUUUUAGGUCUUCUAAAAAUGUGCUAGGCCAUGUUAAAUCUGGACGGCUUUGUUUUCGAUCUCCUUUUUUCAGUCUGACUUAGGUAAAUGUUAAGUCAUAUAAGGAUGUGUCUUGUGAAUCUCAGUCACCACUUCACCAAGGGGGUGAGUUCCCAAGUGGGAAUGGAUUUCUCUUUUGGUGACAUGACUCUAAGAUGAUGCAAAUAUUUUGUGCUAUUUUUUAUAAGCAAGCUGUUUACAUCUUAUGAAACUGUAAUUUGAUAAUACUGGUGCAUGAUACAAAGUAAUUUGAUAAUACUGUUUCAUUUUAUAAAGCAGUUUGAUAAUACUGGAGCAUGGUACAAAGGUUAUACAAUGUGAAAGGUUUAGGAUUGUGUGAAGUAUUAGCACUGAACAGUUGUUUUUAUUUUAUUUUACAAUGUUUGUUGAAUUUAUGGGAGCACACAAAUUACUCAAGAUUAAGUUACUUCACAAAAAUUAACAAUGUUAGAUGUGCCACAACUAAAUUUAAGCAAACCCAGAUAUGUAUUUGAUUUCGGAUGACAUUUAUGAAAAAUAAACGAAUUUACUAUUA